UUAUAUCCCAUCCUCUCCCGAAUGGCUACCGGCUCUCUCUCCUCUCUGUCCACUCCUUCUCCACUCCACGCCGCCGCCGCCUACGCCGAAGUGCCGCAGCCUCCUCAAAGAGCAGCAGUCAACGGAGCAAGCAGCAGCAGCUCGCGGCAGCAGAACCUAUCCAUCCAUGCUCAGCUCGAUGCAGUGCUCCUCCUCGCCGGCGGGUGAGUGCUCCAGCACGGCCGCGUCGAUCCACCAGCAAGCAAAGCUAGCCUCUAUCUAGCUAAUCGAGCCGCUCGAUCUACUCUCACGUGUACUAGACCACUAGACCACUAGUAGUAUGUAUAUAGCUAGCUAAUCGAUCCACUCGAUUGAUUCCUAUGUGUAACAGCAGUACGUAUGUGUGGGCGUUCGUAGGCGGGGUGUAUACAUAUACAUUUGAAUACUCGAAUACCUGGGGUGUGUAUACAAAUAAGGGCAGAUGCGGUUAGCGCGGUAACGGUUCGCGCGUGAGUGUGUACCGAGCCAAUUGUUGCAGCAAAAAAAAACACGUUUUGUUACAACCGUUGUACAAAACAGCCACAACGAGAAAAACAGGGGAGCUGGAUCCCCCGCGUUUGCCCGUCCUCGAUCCGCGGCGGCGGCGGCCGGAUCCGCCUGUUUUAAGUUCCCCACGGCCGAAUCACGUCGAGGAGGGGCUUCCCCAUCUAUCAAGCGGCCUUGGAAUUGCUUCAAUCAUGUCUUACGUCCGUAAUGACCUCCUUGCCUCCAUAGAUUUGGGCUCGAGCUCCGCUGCCGUUCAUGGCCGAAGUCCCCUGAGGCGGCAAGGCCCUGGUGGUAGUGGACCGGUGCUGCAACGGUACUACAACCCUGGUGUGGUCUUCCAAGAUGCAGCACGGCAUGGCCGGGAUGAAAUUGAUCUGAAUGUUGCUGUGGAGCCAUCGAUUUUCCUUGAUGAUGAUAUGCAAAAUGUUGCGCACGAAGAAGAUGAUGGCAUUGAUCUGAAUGAUACUCCGGGACAUGAUAGUGACGAUUCCUUGCGGCUGAACAUGGAUGGUGCAGCUCCAAACCAUUGCAAUGCCCGUGUGACCGGUGACAAUGCCAAUGGAAAUGCUGCAACACUUGUUGAUGAACCAGACGAAGAUAUAUCAUCAUAGCCAGUUGUCCCUUUUGUUGGAAUGAUUUUUGACAAUGUUGAAGAAGCUCAGCGUGUUUACAAUGAAUAUGCUUCGAAGAUGGGCUUUGGAACUCGCAUUGUGACGUCAAAGCAUAGUAGGAAAAAUUGCUUGGAACAGAAGCGCAUCCUAAUCUAUAGAGUUUUUGAGUGUAUACACUUACGGAAAGAUCCUUCGAAGAAUGUUGGUGGAAGCAUUUCUGACGGGGCUGCAACAAAUCAAAGUGAUGAUGUUGAUAUGAGCUAUGCUAGUAAUAAAAAAUCUCCAAGCAAACAAGCUGGCAUCUAUAUGGAUGUGAGCGACAAGAGGCGAAGAAAUCGGUUGGAGCGAUAUGAUUGCAAGGCUCGUAUGGGUGUUAGCCUCAAAGACGGUAGCUGGGUUGUGACAGUUUUUGAGGUCAAUCACACACACCAGCUGAUGUUGCAAAGGGGGCGUCGGAGAUUUUGCCGCUCUCACAGAAAGAUCCCUGAUGCAGACAUGCAAUACAUCACUUCACUGCACUAUCGCAACAUAUCAACGGGUAAUAUGAUGGGCUUGCUUGGAGAUGCACGGUGUUGCGAUCCUAGGAGUUUGCCGUAUGUGAAGACUGAUGUGACAAAUGCAAGAGCAAAGCUGCGAAGGGGCCUGUCAGAGCGUGAUUUGGAGCUGACAAUCGAGUACUUUGAGAGAAGACAAGUGGAGAAUCCCAACUUUUUUUUCUCGAAGCUAGAAGAAGAUGGAGCUGUUAGGGCAUUUUUCUGGAUUGAUGGGAGAACAAGGGCCUUGUAUACAAAGUCCAAAGAUUGUGUGUUUUUCGACACCACAUUUUGCACCAAUCGCUACAACUUGCCCUUUGCUGCGAUUGUUGGCAUUAACAACCACACACAUACUGUUUGCUUGGGGUGCGCUUUGUUGCCUGAUGAGACCAUCAAAACUUUCAAGUGGGUCUUCCAGCAAUGGAUGUUGGCAAUGAAUAACGAGCAUCCGUUGAACAUUAUGACUGAUCAAGACCAGGCGAUGGCUAAAGCCAUCUCAAUGGUAUUCCACAUUCAACACACAGAUGUUGCAAGUGGCACGUCUUCCGGGUUGCAAGGACGAAACUAGGGAAGAUGUUGGGCAAGGAUGAGCCUUUUGCUGAAGCAUUCUAUGGUUGCAUCAAUGAUUCCGAUGCCGUUGAGGAGUUUGAAGAACGGUGGAAGCAGAUGGUCGAGUCAUUUGGUGUGGAUGAUAAGAAACACCUCAAGAACAUGUGGGACAGCAGGGAGAUGUGGGCUCCUGUGUACUUUAGGAAUAAGUUCUUCCCAUUCACAGGAACAACCGGGCGGUCCGAGGGCCUGAAUUCCUACUUCAAGACUUUAAAUCAUCAUGGAGACUCGGUUUGGACAUUUGUCCAGCAGUUUGAGCUUUGACAGGAGCUAAUGCUUGAUCGUGAAGACAAUGCUGGCUUCAUCAAUGAAGCGACGAGGCCUCCGCUCUGGGGCAACUACAACAUUGAAAAGCAAGCUGCAGAUUUCUAUACCAGAGAGGUAUUUUCCAAGUUUCAGAAACUAUUGGCUAAAUCAACAGGCUAUGGUCUGCAAUAUCAGCUGCAAGGGGAUGUCAUCUGGUUUCGCCUUGUUGCAAAUUAUGGCGUCAACCCAAAAGUGUACACGGUGCGUGUUGCUCCUAAAGAUCAGGCAUACAUGUGCACCUGCAACAUGUUUGAGAUGUGUGGGCUGAUCUGCCCACAUAUCAUCCGUGUCAUGGUGCACCUGAAUGUGCGAACGAUACCUACGACUUACAUGCUUCCAAGAUGGUCUAAGAGAGCAACCGACCUUGCGCCUGAACCGGGCGAUGGGCAUAGAGCUAUGCAUUUCAGCGUCCCCACGACAAACACCCUAAAGUUUAACUCUCUAUGCCGGAAGUUUGGGAAACUCGCUUCUGAUGCUUGCUUCAAUGAUGAAGCUUAUAGUUUUGUCUCUGGGCUAAUUGAUCAGGGCAGUGUUGGGGUUGCUGCAAUAAAAGCUAGAGCAACUGAUGGGUUUGCAGGAGACGAAGAAGGCCAAGGUCAUGCAGGAAAUGAAGAAGUCUCAGGGGGUCCAAGUACAGGUCAGCGGGAUCCACCCCCUGUAGGACUGCGGAACCCACCAAAGUCAGCAAAGAAGGGGAGGCCAAAGGAGAAAGAGAAGCGCAGGAAACCACUAAUUGAGAUUCGAGAAGAUGAAAUGAAGAAGAAAGCAAAGAAGGACACGACGAAAACGAAGAAAGCUCCAAAGCCAAGGAAAAAGAAGACUCCAUGCAAAUAUUGUGAAGAUGAAGAUCACAACGUGAAGGAUUGCCAACUCCUUGCAGCUUUUCUUACUGCGAGUGCGAGCGCGAAAGCUCCGGGUGUCGAAACAAUCCUUACACUUUAGGAUAUUUUCGUGAGGGAAAAAAUGAUGAA